CUCACAGGCACGACGCAGAAUCUGCUGCUGUGAAUGAAUUCCAGAAAAAGUUCAAAUUAAAUCUGAUGAAGAAGUUUGAGUGUUUGAAUGGAGUGAUAAUAAACCUGGGAAACCAAACACUCCUGAAUGAGAUCUACACAGAGCUCUACAUCACAGAGGGAGACAGUGGAGAAGUCAAUGAAGAACAUGAGGUGAGACAGAUCGAGGCAGCAUCCAGGAAAAUAACAACAGAGGAAACACCAAUCAAAUGCAACGACAUCUUUAAGCCCUUAUCUGAACAAGACGAACCCAUCAGAACUGUGCUGACAAAGGGAGUCGCUGGCAUCGGAAAAACGGUCUCUGUGCAGAAGUUCAUUCUGGACUGGGCUGAAGGGAAAGCAAAUCAGGACAUCCACCUCAUAUUUCCACUUCCUUUCAGAGAGCUGAAUCUGAUGAAGGACCAGAAACUGAGUCUGAUGGAGCUCCUUCAUGUCUGUUUUAAUGAAACAAAAGAAACAGAAAUGUCCAGUUUGGAAAAGGUUCUGUUCAUUUUUGACGGAUUGGACGAGUGUCGUUUUCCUCUAGAUUUCCAGAACACAGUGAGAGUGUGUGAUGUAACUGAAUCAGCAUCAGUGCAUGUGCUGCUGAUAAACCUGAUCAAAAGGAAUCUGCUUCCCUCUGCUCUCAUCUGGAUCACCUCCCGACCAGCAGCAGCUGAUCAAAUCCCCUCUGAGUGUGUCCAUCGAGUCACAGAGGUACGAGGGUUCAAUGACCCACAGAAGGAGGAGUACUUCAGGAAGAGAAUCAGUGAUCAGAGCCUGGCCAAUAACAUCAUCACACACCUGAAGUCAUUAAGAAGCCUCUACAUCAUGUGCCACAUCCCAGUCUUCUGCUGGAUUUCAGCCACUGUUCUAGAGAGAAUGUUGGGUGAAGCAGAGAGUGGAGAGAUCCCCAAGACUCUGACUCAAAUGUACACACACUUCCUCAUAAUUCAGACAAACAUCAUAGGAGAAAAGUACUCAAAGAAGCAGGAGAGUGACGAAGAAAUGUUUCUUAAACUGGGACAACUGGCUUUUCAGCAGCUGAAGAAAGGGAACCUGAUCUUCUAUGAGGAAGACCUGAGAGAGUGUGGCAUUGAUGUGAGAGAAGCAGCAGUGUACUCAGGUGUGUGUACGCAGAUCUUCAGAGAGGAGUUUGGGCUUCACCAGAGUAAAGUGUACUGCUUUGUUCAUCUGAGCAUUCAGGAGCACCUCGCAGCUCUGUAUGUGCACCUGACAUUCAUGAUGGAAAAGAGAAAUGUUCUUAUACACCAUCAGGACUCUAAAUGGUGGAUAAAAAAAAUCUCAGAUGUACACAAGAGUGCUGUAGAUCAGGCUUUACAAAGUCAGACUGGACAUCUGGAUCUUUUCCUUCGAUUUCUUCUGGGUCUCUCACUGAAGUCCAAUCAGAAACUCUUACAGGACUUAGUAACACAGACAGGAAGUAGCUCCCAGAGCAUAGAGGAAACAGUUCAGUACAUUAAGAUGAAGAUCAGUGAAGAUCUUCCUACAGAGAAAUCCAUCAAUCUGUUCCACUGUCUGAAUGAACUGGGUGAUCAUUCUCUAGUGGAGGAAAUCCAACACUACCUGAAAUCUGGAAAACAAAGUGAAUUCUCUUCUUCACAGUGGUCUGCUCUGGUGUUUGUGUUACUGACAUCAGCACAGGAUCUGGAAGAAUUUGACCAGAGUAAAUAUACCAGUUCAGAUAAAAUACCAGAAACUGUUCUUCUGAAGAUGAUGCCUGUGAUUGCAGCCUCCAGAAAAGCAAUUAUCAGGUGUGAUUCACUGGGAGUGAGAAGUUGGUCAGCUCUGGUCUCAGCACUCAGCUCAGAAACCUCCAAUCUGAGAGAACUGCAUCUGACUGUGAAAACACUGGUUCUGUCUGGGAAUGAACUAGGAGACUCAGGAGUGAAGAGUCUCUGUGCUGUACUGGAGAAUCCUCACUGUAAAGUGGAGACACUGAGGUUGUGUAAUUGUGGUGUCUCAGAUGAAGGCUGUGCUGCUCUGACUUCAGCUCUGAGAUCAAACCCCUCACACCUGAGACAACUGGAUCUGUCCUAUAAUAAUGUAGGAGACUCAGGAGUGAAGAGUCUCUCUGCUGUACUGGAGAAUCCUCACUGUAAACUGGAGAUACUGAAAUUGAUUGGUUGUGGUGUGUCAGAUGAAGGCUGUGCUGCUCUGACUUCAGCUCUGAGAUCAAACCCCUCACACCUGAGACAACUGUAUCUGUCCUCUAAUAAAAUAGGAGACUCGGGAAGGAAGCUGCUGUCUGCUCUUAAGGAUGAUGAACAUUACAAACUACAGACACUGAGGAUUUGAUGAACAUCUGUGUGUGUGAUGAAGACUCCGGUGUUCCUGCAUUUCACUGUUAGGGAAUAGAGAACACAUUAAUAAACACAUCACUCAUUUAAUUAUAACACAUUAAACAGACUCAGAGAUGUGAGAAGUGUGUGUUCAUCAUGCACAGUGAAUCAGACUGCACACGAUACUACACUGAGUGUAUAAUGACCUCUGACCCCUGGAUGAAAUUCCCCAGACCUCAAUCACAUAAAACACCUCAGGGAUUAUUAGGAACAGCAGGUGAAAAAGCACAUGACCUCGAGUUGAACCCAGUCAGUGGAAGAGAGAGCUAAAAUGGACAGGAACAGUUUCAAGACAUUUGUGGAAUUCUCACCAGACUAGUCUAGGAGUCUAGGAGACUCACUACAGGUCACAUUUGAUCACUUUGUCCUUUGGUUAAUUAAUUUAGCAGUGCUUUUAUACUAAAUACCAGCACUCUUGGAAUGCUGUUUGUGCAAUCAUAUUAAUGGACCAAAAUUAAAUGUUAUAUAAAUGUAUAAUAUAGUUUUAAUGGUUCAUGUGAUUUAAAAAAUAUAUAUAUUAUUUAAUAUUGUAAUAUGUUUUAGUGUCUUUACACAUGCAUAGUAUAACUGUUUUGCUGGAUACAUAACUAAAAUGGUAUUGUGUUUAAGUACUUUCAUUGUCUUGUCUAAUUGUAUCAAAUACAUUUUGGAGAAAUAAAAUACACAAAUACAAUGAUAUUAAUUUUGUUGCUUAAAAUGAACUUGAGUAUUUAACAGGAAUUUUAUAGCAAAAUAAUUUUUCAGCAGUUCUUCAAAAAUAAAACUGU